AGCGGUGCAGUGUGGGAGACGCGAACAUGGCGGCGGCUGCCGGCGCGUAGCCGGGGAGCGGGAACCGACAUGGCCGCGCCGGACCACAAGUCGCCCAACGUGCUGCUGCAGAACCUGUGCUGCCGGAUCCUGGGCCGCAGCGAGGCUGAUGUCGCCCAGCAGUUCCAGUUUGCUGUGCGGGUUAUUGGCAGCAACUUUGCCCCAACUGUUGAGAGAGAUGAGUUUCUUGUGGCUGAGAAGAUCAAGAAAGAGCUUAUUCGACAGCGCCGGGAAGCCGAUGCUGCAUUGUUUUCGGAGCUCCACAGGAAACUUCACUCUCAGGGUGUUUUGAAAAACAAGUGGUCUAUACUCUACCUCUUGCUGAAUCUUAGUGAGGACCCACGCAAGCAGGCGGGCAAGGUUUCCAACUAUGCUGCGUUAUUUGCCCAAGCACUGCCCCGAGAUGCCCAUUCCACGCCCUACUACUGCGCCAGGCCUCAGACCCUGCCGCUGAGCUACCAGGACCGCGGCCCCCUGUCAGCCCCGAGCGCGGGCAGCAUGGGCAGCAGCGGUGUGAGCAGCCUCAGCGUGUUCACCUUCAACGGGCCUGCGCCCACGGCCACGCCCACGCCAGUGCCGCACGCACUCCUUCCGGGACAGUCCCAGCCGGCCCCUGGAGUAGGGGACUGCCUUCGGCAGCAGCUGGGCUCGCGCCUCGCGUGGACUCUGACGGCGAACCAGCCGUCUUCUCAGGCCCCUCCCUCCAGAGGCGUCCCGAGCUCUGCUUCCCGCAGCACGCCGAGGCCGCGCAGAGACGGGGACGGGAGCGGGACUGUGGAAGUCACGGAGGCCGCCCUUGUGAGAGAUAUUCUGUACGUCUUCCAGGGCAUAGAUGGGAAGAACAUCAAAAUGAGCAACACAGAGAACUGUUACAAAGUGGAAGGAAAGGCAAACCUAAAUAAAUCGUUGAGGGACACUGCAGUGCGACUGGCUGAGCUGGGAUGGCUACACAACAAAAUCAGAAAAUACACAGAUCAAAGGAGCCUGGACCGCUCCUUUGGGCUUGUGGGUCAGAGCUUCUGUGCUGCCCUGCACCAGGAGCUGAGGGAGUACUACCGCCUGCUGUCCGUGCUGCACUCACAGCUGCAGGUCGAGGAUGAUCAGGGUGUGAACGCGGGCCACGAGAGCAGCCUCACCCUGCGGCGCCUCCUGGUGUGGACGUACGAGCCCAGAAUCCGGCUGAAGACGCUCGCCGCCCUCGUGGAUCACUGCCAAGGAAGGAAAGGAGGUGAACUGGCCUCUGCUGUCCACGCCUACACGAAGACGGGGGACCCGUACACACGGUCCGUGGUGCAGCACAUCCUCAGCCUUGUGUCGUACCCCGUGCUCAGCUUCCUGUACCGCUGGAUCUAUGACGGCGAGCUGGAGGACGCAUACCAGGAGUUUUUUGUAGCCUCAGAUCCAGCUGUGAAGACAGAUCGGCUGUGGCAUGACAAGUACACCUUGAGGGCAUCAAUGAUUCCCUCCUUCAUGACGAUGGAUCAAUCCAGGAAGGUGCUCUUGAUAGGAAAAUCGAUAAACUUUCUACACCAAGUGUGCCACGACCAGACCCCCACAACCAAGAUGAUAGCUGUGACCAAGUCUGUGGAGUCCCCACAGGACGCUGCAGACCUGUUCACAGAGCUGGAGACCGCAUUCCAAGGGAGAAUUGAUACCGCCUACCUUGAGACCAGCAAGCACCUCCUGGAUGUGCUGAGCAGGAAGUACGGCCUGCUGGACCACAUGCAGGCCGUGCGGCGCUACUUGCUGCUCGGCCAGGGCGACUUUGUGCGACACCUGAUGGAUCUGCUCAAACCAGAACUUGUCCGCCCGGCUACGACCUUGUAUCAGCAUAACCUGACUGGGAUUCUGGAGACCGCCGUCAGGGCCACUAACGCUCAGUUUGACAGCCCCGAGAUCCUCAGGCGGCUGGACGUGAGGCUGCUCGAGGUGUCUCCGGGGGACACGGGCUGGGAUGUCUUCAGCCUGGACUACCAUGUGGACGGACCCAUAGCCACUGUGUUCACUCGAGAAUGCAUGAGCCACUACCUGAGGGUUUUUAACUUCCUCUGGAGAGCCAAGCGCAUGGAGUACAUCCUCACCGACAUCCGGAAGGGGCACAUGUGCAACGCCAAGCUCCUGAGGGCCCUGCCAGAGUUCUCUGGGGUGUUGCACCAGUGCCACAUCCUGGCCUCCGAGAUGGUGCACUUCACCCACCAGAUGCAGUACUACAUCACUUUCGAGGUGCUGGAAUGUUCUUGGGAUGAACUCUGGAACAAGGUGCAGCAGGCCCAGGACCUGGAUCACAUCAUAGCCGCACACGAGGUCUUCCUGGACACCAUCAUUUCCCGUUGCCUGCUGGACGCUGACUCCAGGGUCCUUCUGAACCAGCUCCGAGCCGUGUUUGACCAAAUCCUUGAGCUACAGAGUGCCCAGGACGCCAUCUGCAGGGCUGCCCUGGAGGAGCUGCAGAGGCGCCUGCAGUUCGAGGAGAGGAAGAAGCAGCGAGAGGAGGAGGGCCAGUGGGGAGUCACGGCAGCGGAGGAGGAGGAGGAGAACAAGCGGAUUCGAGAAUUCCAGGAAUCCAUCCCCAAAAUGUGCUCACAGUUGCGAAUACUGACGCAUUUCUACCAGGGCAUCGUGCAGCAGUUCCUGGUGUUGCUGACGACCAGCUCUGAUGAAAGCCUCCGGUUUCUCAGCUUCCGGUUGGACUUUAACGAGCACUACAAAGCCCGGGAGCCCCGCCUCCGCGUGUCGCUGGGCAGCAGAGGACGGCGCAGCUCCCACACGUGAGGGACCUGCAAGGGCCGCUGCAUUGAGCGCGUGGGACGUGCAGUGGACCCAUCCGUUCUGAGGCGCCUGGCAUGCCGUAGGUGCUCAGGGUCUGUGCCUGUGUGCUUCCACACUCCCACAGCGUGUCCAGCGUGGGAGUGGACUGUGUGUCCACAGAGCUGAGCAGCCUGCCACACUGUCUGUGAGGGACGUGUGAUGCUUGGACGUCCUGUUUGUCACUUUUUCCAAGUCUCUUUCUUUUAGAGAAGAUUAGGAUGAUAGAAUAUUCACCUGCUAAGAUGGUGAUGUCAUUGCUAUUUUUUUAACAUCUUCUUUAGGACACUUUGUUAAUGUAAUCAAAUUGUUACGAAAUGUCCUUGCUAAGAAACUGAGAGAGCAUUUUAUUUUAGUUUUUUAGUGUUGUAAAAUAUUAACCUGAAUAAGGACCUUUGUAUCUUAGUGUACCUUACAUAUGCUUA